UUAAAUCAGUCGGUCGCAAGUAGUAUACAUUAUUUUAAGCUGUCAAAAAUUUCAAGAAUUUAGUUUAAGUGCUGAUUAGUUUUGUCUGAGGCAAUUAACAGCGACUAGAAUGGGUAAUUUUCUGCGGGGAUUUUUCGACACUGGACGUCGUCGACGGAUAAGAGUUAUGAAAGUCGACGGGAAAGUGAUGAAACUGUCGAGUCCUGCGUAUGUUGAAGAAAUUGUAAGCAAUCUUCCAGACCAUGGGAUUUUCGAAGCAGAUGUCGUUCGUCGACUGGGGAUCCACAGUCGACCACUUCCAGAAAGAGCAGAGCUUCAAGGCGGUCGACUGUAUUUUCUGAUUCCUCUGCCUCAGAAACCGAGUCUCUUUGAAAGGGCCUCUUCAGACAAGACUCUGGAGGCGGCUUCCAGGCUCCGUCGAUUGCAGCUCUUUCGCAGAGCUUUCUCUAAUGGCGAUUUCACGAAAGGGGAGUUUGACAGAGGCCUCAGGAUCGUUUCUUCGUCUGAUGACGGAUCGAAUUUGCGCGUGAAGCUUCGCCUUCGCAAAGACGAGCUCGCCAUGCUUCUGUCUGGAUACGGGAAGUCUGCGGUGGAAGAGCUUGUGGCCCCUGUUAUGGAAAAGGAGUCCGGAGGGUCGAUCUUGGGACCUCCCCGUUUUGGGUGGAAGCCUAGCCUGGAUAGCAUCACUGAACUCAAAACCCCAAGUCCAGGUAUUGGAGGGCAGUGCUGAAGAACAGGGGCGGUAUGAAACCCAAGGGUUGAGAUGAAUAUCACCUUCGACUGUAAAGAAUAUGUUCAUUUUACUGUGAUUUCUUCGUUUUUGUGAAGAACCCAUGUACUUUUUUGGUUCAGUUGAGUUCAUAUUCUGGUUCGUUGUAUUUAGACCCGGAGUCGAUGAAGGUACUCUGUUGACAAAAAAGGUCCACAAUUUAAUGGCGUCUAGACCCACGUGUGUACAGUUAGUAGUCGCUGUCCUUGAAAUGACAUGCCUUAGCCAGUUUUUUGUAUCUAAUCCAGUCCUAGUUUUGUUGCACCGGCUCUCUUUUUUAAUGGCGUAAAGAUGGGAUCUGUAAACAGAGGUGAAAAUAUGUAUGGAGCACAGAGUUUACUUUUUUAAAGAUGGGAUCUGUAAACAGAGGUGAAAAUAUGUAUGGAGCACAGAGUUUACUUUUUUACUUUUUUAAAGAUGGGAUCUGUAAACAGAGGUGAAAAUAUGUAUGGAGCACAGAGUUUACUUUUUUAAAGAUGGGAUCUGUAAACAGAGGUGAAAAUAUGUAUGGAGCACAGAGUUUACUUUUUUAUGAAUAGACAAGUAUUAUUGA